GCUUCAAUAGACACACUGGGCCAAGUAUAAAAGCAACAUUUUUCCUUAAACCUACUCUUCCUUGUACAAGCCAAAACCCUAGUUGUUAGCCGGCAGAAGCAGAGAGCUUUCCAAAACCUCCGCAUCUUCCCCAAGCCAUGACUUUCAAGCGUAGGAAUGGUGGCCGCAACAAGCAUGGCCGUGGCCAUGUCAAGUUCAUCCGCUGCUCUAACUGUGGCAAAUGCUGCCCUAAGGACAAGUCAAUCAAGAGGUUUCUUGUGAGGAACAUUGUGGAGCAAGCUGCUGUCAGGGAUGUGCAGGAAGCCUGCGUCUAUGACAUGUACACUCUGCCUAAGCUGUAUGUGAAGAUGCAAUACUGCGUUUCCUGUGCCAUCCACUCCCACGUUGUGAGGGUCCGAUCCCGCACUGACAGGAGGAAGCGUGACCCACCCCAGCGUUUCAUCAGACGCAGGGAUGACAUGCCAAAGCCUGGUCAGCCUGGUCAAGCUCCUCGUGCUGGUGCUGGAAAUCCCGCACGCCCUUAAGGCCUUCGAAGUUUCAGACAAGUUUCUAUAUUUUGUUAUGCUUUAGAAUGGCUGCUUGAAUUUUGAGAACUUGGAGUUUGUGUAGGAAGGUUUUGAUUGGUUCAAGUUUAUUUGCAUUUUUCACUUUUUGUUACCAUGGAAACUAUGAAUUGUUGAGAAUACUAAUUGGAAUCUCAUAAUUUCUAUUUAGUUACUUAACUAUCUCCAAAAUAAUUCUCACUUGUUCUA